AUGCUCGCAGCCUCUGUGACGAACGUCAUCAGCUCUGUGCUCAUGUCCGUGCGCUACAAGCCCGGCGACGUGGACUUUCAGCGCUUCAUGCACCUCAUGGACGAGGGCUUCCGGCUCUUCACCGUCGCCGCCAAGGUGAACGUGUUUCCCGUGCUCCGGUUCCUGCCUCGCAUGUCCGCCGCCUACCGCCAACUCCGCGCCAAUCGCGACGAGAUGCACGGCUACUUCCGCGGCAUCAUCGCCGAGCACAGAGCCACGCUGCAGCCCGAAGGCCCGCCCAGAGACCUCGUCGACGCCUACUUGCACGAGAUGAUGCUGGGCGACGACGACCAAUCAGCAUCGUCCUCCUCCUCCGGCUCCUCCUCCUCCUCCUCGGAGAGUGACAGCGGCAGCAGCAGCAGCAGCAGUAGGAGGGACUUGUUCUGCGGCAAGGACCCGGACCGGCAGCUGUGCCAGAUCAUGAGCGACCUCUUCUCGGCCGGGCAGGAAACAGUCAAGACGACGCUGCAGUGGGCCGUGCUGUUCAUGCUGCACAACCCGGAAGUGCAGGAGCGGGUGCAGGAAGAGCUGGACGCCGUGCUGGGCAGUCGGAGUCACGCGACGCUGGCCGACGCCGCCUUCUUGCCCUACACCGAGGCGACCAUUUGCGAAGUGCUGCGGCGGUCGAAUGUGGCGGGCCUGGGCACGACGCACGCGACGACGUGCGACGUCCGCAUCGACAACCACCUGAUCCCCAAGGACACGCAGGUGUUGCCGCUGCUCUGGGCCGUGCACAUGGACCCGGAGUUGUGGCCCGACCCGGAGUCCUUCCGGCCCGCCCGGUUCCUCAACGACCAGGGCAAGGUGCACAAGCCCGAGUACUUCAUGCCCUUCGGCAUCGGCAGGCGGAUGUGUUUGGGCGACGUGCUGGCCAAGAUGGAGAUCUUCUUGUUCUUCACGUCGCUGCUGCACGCGUACACGCUCCUGCCCGACGGCGACGACUUGCCCAACCUGGACGCCCACGUCGCCGCCACCAUCGCCCCGUCCACCUACAAGGUGGGUGAGAGCAAGACGGCGGCGGAGGGAAGUGGCGUCCGUGUGAGAGCAAGACGGCGGCGGAGGGAAGUGGCGUCCGUGUGA